CUUGUAGUUGGGGGCCCACGGCUAGGGCACGGGUCAGUAUGCGGAUUACCGCGUUGUCAGGUGUGGGAUACUACGCGGAAGGAAUCUGCAUUUCCCUGAGAGGAAGAUAUGACAAAGUUCCAGAAGUUGUCCUUGAGUGUGCUACAAAGCAGGAGUUCCAGUUUAACCCCUUCCUCCCUCUGCCACCUUGGGAACCAGUAAUAUUCAUGGAUGUGUCUGUGGACUUCACUGAGGAAGAGUGCAAUCACCUGGAUCCUGCUUAGAGGAAGCUGUACAGAAUUGUGAUGGUGGAAAAUUGCAGGAACUUCAUCUCAGUGGGAGACCUGAAUGAAAGUUCUGUGGAAAAUCAAGAGAAAGAACUUCAGGAUCUGUUAUGGAAUCUACUGGCAAUUUUGGGAGAGUUGACGGUUCAAUACCUGGAAUCUGGAUUAUAUUGUAACUCCUUAAGGGGAAGUAUACUGGGAUCCUGAGGUGUUUCCCUAUGUCAAAAGUGGAGAGAAGCAUCUUGUCAUAGUUCCAGAAACAGGAACAGUGUCGUUACUCUUCAGAGUGAUGAUUCAAGAACAUUGCAAGUGAAAUAUAUUUGUCUUUGAAAGUCCUAAGCCAAAUGGCCACACAAGACUCCCCUAUGAAAUUCUUUAAGAAUGAACUUCAGGAUCCUCAGGAGAGCAGAAGUCUUUUUGUAACUGAAGAAAGCACUGAGAGAAAAGUGAUAAGAGGGGAAAAUCUUCCUAUGAAACAUUGUUCAGAAAACCUUCAAGUUAAACUUGUGUCUGAUCUAACAGAACUGGAGUCACCAUUGUUUGGUCAUGAGGUAAAUUGCCAGAGUAACCAGUUGGGGGGCUCUUUGGAUCCCUUUGACUAUAACUGUAAAGAUAUUUAUAGAUGGAAAUCAAAGUUGGUCAGAUGUAGUCAUCAGAGAGCUCACACAGAGGAGCAACCCUGUAACCAUAAUGACUGUGGGAAAACACCAAAUACCAGCCCAGAUGCUCAUCCCUCUGAAAAAAUCCACACUACAGAGAAACAUUGCAAAUGUGGUGGGUGUGGCAAGGACUUGAAUCAGAACUCAGAACUACCACUUCAUCAAAGAGACCACACAGAAGAAAAACCCUACAAAUGUGAGCAGUGUGGGAAGGGCUUCACCAGGAGCUCAAGUCUGCUGAUCCAUCAGGCAGUCCACACGGAUGAGAAACCUUAUAAGUGUGACAAGUGUGGGAAAGGCUUCACCAGGAGCUCGAGUCUGCUGAUCCAUCAUGCAGUCCAUACAGGCGAGAAACCUUAUAAAUGUGACAAGUGUGGGAAGGGCUUCAGUCAGAGCUCCAAACUGCAUAUCCACCAGCGAGUCCAUACUGGGGAGAAACCCUAUGAGUGUGGGGAGUGUGGUAUGAGCUUCAGUCAGCGCUCAAACCUGCACAUCCACCAGCGAGUCCACACAGGAGAGAGGCCCUACAAAUGUGGAGAAUGUGGGAAGGGGUUCAGCCAGAGCUCAAACCUUCACAUUCACCGGUGCAUCCACACAGGAGAGAAGCCUUACCAGUGUUAUGAGUGUGGAAAGGGCUUCAGCCAAAGCUCGGACCUUCGCAUCCAUCUCAGGGUCCACACUGGAGAGAAGCCCUACCACUGUGGCAAGUGUGGGAAGGGAUUUAGCCAGAGUUCCAAACUCCUCAUCCACCAGAGAGUGCAUACUGGAGAGAAGCCCUAUGAGUGCAGCAAAUGUGGAAAGGGCUUCAGCCAGAGCUCCAACCUUCACAUCCACCAGCGGGUUCACAGGAAGGAUCCCCUUUAAGUGACAUGAACUUUUUCAGGUCUUGUACUAUAAAGACUUAAAUAUUUUUAGUAUAACUCUUACUGUAUCUCAUGAAGGAGAUAGAUAGCAAGGUUAUUCAGAUAUGUUCUCUUGCUGAAAAAUCAUUCAUCCGUUUAAAGUAUUUUAAGUAUCAAGCACUUUCUUAUGCUAUACAAUGAGUGGAUUAUUGUUCUAGUUGAUGAUACAGUGAAACCAUCUGUACUUUGCAAUUUAACCAGUGUUAAAACUGUAUAUCCUAUCCAGCAUUUUUAACUGCAAGAACUUUAUGUUUAUCCAAGGAGGGCAUAUUUUCCUUUGUUCACAUUCUAUUGAGAAAUUGGGAUUCUUGUUUCUCUUCAAAUUAUGUGCCUUACUUUUUCAUAUUUCCUUUAGGUUCUAGGUAACCCUCUCUAAAAUUCAAAAUGACAAGAACAGGGAUUCAGGUUACUAAUGGAAAUGCAAAACAGUAUGACCCUUUGGAAAACAAUUUGACUGUUCCUAUAAAGUGAGACAAACUUAUCACAUUGCAUGGCAAUUCCAUUUCUAGGAGUUUAUUUAAGAGUAGUGAAAAUUAUGUUCACCCAUAGCCUUUACAUGAAAGUUCAUAGCAAGUUUAUAACAGGCAUAAUAGAAUGAAGACAACCUAAGUGUCCAUCAGUAGGUGAAAAAGUAAAACAAACCAGAGAUCCAUAUAACAAUACUUUUUUCACAAUAAAAAGAAACUGCUGAGAAAACAACAGGGAUGAACUACAAAAGCAUUGUGCCAAGUGAAAGAAUUCAGGCUCAAAAUACUGCAUAAUGUAUAGAAAAUUCUAGAAAAGGCAAAUCUGUAAUGAGAGGAAGCAGUUUAGUGGUUGUUAGUGGGGUGAGAAGUAACUGAAGUGGCAUAGGGAUGGAAAUUUUCUGUAACUGAUCAGUCAAUUGAGAUAACUCACUACCUUCAGACCAGCCUGAGGGAUGGAAACUUUCUAUCUCAGAUGUGACUACAUGACUAUAUUCAUUGAAUUGCUCACAUAAAUGGGUGGAUUUUAUUGUAUAUAAAUUGUACCUUGAUAAAACUAAUGAACAUACACACACCAGUUCCCAUCACCUUGAAAUCAAAACACUUGUUUUACAGUCUCUUCUUAGGCAGUUUGUUCUACUGUUGAAAACUAGAGUUUUAAGCUCUGUUGUUAGAUACUAACCAUGGGUUUCUCUGAUCUCAGGUAAAAAUUCUCCCCACGUAAUUUUUGUUCAGGUUUUGUUGGGUCACCAACUGAUCUCUGAUUUCCUGAGAACACUGUGGCUCAUUUACAUGAAUUUUCUUCCCAUAGGUCUGAGCCAGCAUGAUUGUCAGGAUUUCAAAAGAAUCAGAAUCUUAAUUUGUAAAAGUCCUUUAGUCCUUUUCUUCUUUUUUUUUUUUAAUAUUUUUUAGUUGUAGAUGAAACAAUACCUUUAUUGUAUUUAUUUAUUUUUAUGUGGUGCUGAGGAUUGAACCCAGUGCCUCACAUGUGCUAGGCAAGUAAGUGCUCUACCACUGAGCUAUAACCUCAGCCCAGUUCUUUUCUUCUUGAAAAUUUACCACUUGCUCCUCAUUUUGGGCAAUCUGAACAGAUAAUCCUCUCCCCUCUACAGAGAAAAGAUUCUGUUGCAGGAUUCUUUUUUCUUUUUAUGUUUUUUUAGUUGUCAGUGGAACUUUAUUUUAUUUAUAUUUGGUGCUGAGAAUUGAACCCAGGGCCUCACACAUGCUAAGCAAGUGCUCUGCCACUGAACCACAACCCCAGCCCUGCAGGACUCUUAAGCUUUUUCUGGAAGCCCUAACUCACAGUAUCAGUUUAUGUUGCUAAUAACCAUACUACAAAUUGGGUUAUAAAGAAAAGAGGUUUACUUUGACUCAUGUUUCUGGUCCAAGGUCUAGAGACUAUAUCUAGUGAUGGUGUUCUUAAUGGCAGCAGAGAGCAUCACAUGGCAAAUAUGCAUGUGUUAUUGUGUCUUCUUUUCUCUCUCCCUUUUAUAAACCCACCAGUCUUCAAUUAUGGGGUUCUACCCUAAUGAUCUUAUCUAAAUCCUAAUCAAUUCUCAAAGGCCCGACUACUAAUCACCAUAGUUGGAUUAAAUUUCUACUAUUAGUACUUCACAUGGGGGUUUUUAGAAGGGACAAGCCAUUUCAAACCAUACCACACAGAUGAAAUUAAGCACCCAUCUUUCUUAGACACGCUAGCCAGAGAGAUUUUUAUGAGAACUAUCCAAUUUGUCUUCAUUAUCGUUUUAUCUUUUUACUGUAGAAAGUCUCAAACAGUAGAAACUAGAAAAAAUAAUAAAGUUGUUCCAGUCCCUGCCAUUUUAAUAUCCCAAAUUUGACUCCACCUCUACCAGCACCGCCCUGGUUAAGCCAGUCUCAUUGCUCAUCUGCCUUUGCUACAGUCAUCUCUCAAUUCCAAUUUGUUCCCUUGAGACUAAUCACAAAAGAAACCAGAGUUACCUUUUAAAAAUCAAAUAUGAACAAAACUUCAAAACCCCUCUAAUGACUUCAUGACAAAGUAGAAUCCAAGUUCUGCAGUAUUUGUUCUGGAUCCUUCUCCCUAACCUCAUCUUCAGACACACUAUCAUUCUUUUCACUUCAACCACACUAGCCUCGCUCAAAAUGUGAGAACAAAUCCUACACAGUAACAGGCCUCUAUUAUUAAGGGGAAGGAGGAAAUAAAAGAGAGAGGGUUCCAAGGAAGCAAGAAGGGGUUGGGGAGGUAGCUCAGUCGGUAGAGUGCUUGCCUUGUAAGCACAAGGCCCUGGGUUCAAUCCCCAGCACCCAAAAAAAUAAAUAAAUAAAUAACCACCAAGGAAGCAAGAAGAUGAGAGCAUCUACGGGAGAGGAUCAACAGUAUUGAAUCCUGCAGACAGCAGAAGGGAGAGCUUGUUAGAUUGUGGAGUAGGGGUUCAGAUGGGGAGGAGGAAGAGGCAUGCAUUGUCAUGUGAGGUGAAAAACCUUACUGUGCUUCUCAGUCCCAUCUCUUCCUCCCAGGAUUUAUCUAAACACUCUCUAAGCAGAAAUGUCAGUGUUCCUCCUUUCUAUUCCUUACAUGUUACAGAGAUAGCAGAACUGGUAGAAAGUAGAACUGAGAUCCAAGGAAAUGGGAUCUCACCCUAGAAUCAAACUGUGAAGACUUUUUAGUGUUACUGUGCCUGGACUCUUGGAUGUCAGUUCCUCCCCCACUUUUUUUUUUUU